UUCCUUCUCAUCCUCUUCCUCUCGCUCUGGAAACGGCUUCUGCCAGCUGAGACCUGUUUGACACAGCGCCCAACCAUCGGCUGCUCGCACUGAAGCAGCACCGCAGAGCAGCACCGCAGAGCAGCAGCAGCCAACCCUCCAGCAGCCACUAAUACACAUAAAGCACGGCCGUCCCGCUAACGCUCGCCGGGGCGCAACCCCUACAACUGCCAAAAAUAUCCCCUAGAAAAAAGCAUUGAGCCAUGUGGGACCGCGCCCGAGCCUCUGCCACAGCGGGUCUGGACAGGAUGCAUCGCCGUCAUCUUACAGGCACUGCAAGUGGUGCUGCGAGCUGCGAGGCCCCCAGCGCUGACAAGCCCGCGAGCGAGGCUCCUAUGCCUAUGUCCAUGUCCUGGACCACGAUUUCGACCUCGACCUCGUCCUCGACCUUUUACCAAACAACCGUCGACGGGCCUGCGAAUGCGCUGGGCAUCGACAUCGUCGCAAACGCUGCUGCGACGCCGCACCGACCGCUGCGACCACGCCGGCUGCCCCAGCUUGAUGCCCACAGCGCCAGGGUCACAUCGGCUCUCCACACUGGAAUAAUAUCGACAGACGAUCCCGCUGAUUACGCAGCGCCAUUAUCGCACCCUGCCUUUGAGCCGCCGCCGCGGAACCCCAGACGACUUUUGCGACAACGCUCAAAGGAUUCGACCUGGUCCUUUGCUACACCAGCGAAUCCCGAGCCUCAGAUCGUCACCGAUUCAGAAUCCAACUAUACCAGUGACGGCGACGGAUACUCUUCAUCCCCGGCCCCCAACUUUGAGCUGGCUUCCAUGUAUUCAAGGCGGCGCCCUCAGGCGCUUGACCAAAUCUCGCCUCCGAGCUCACCAGAAACCGGCGCUUUCAAGUAUGAGUAAGUGCUGCGUACCGGUAUUCAUAUUCACGAUUUACCUGUUGUUGCCAAUCCCGGGGCGCCGAGCCUUCAUUGAUCACUGAGGUGCGCCCGUG